AUGAACGCACGCAAUGUACGUCAAAUUUACCUGAUAACCUAUAGCAUGGUUGAUACGGAGCGCUUUCCAACUAGACUGUUCACAGUCCCCUAUUUUUUCGUGAGAUCGUUUAGAUAUACCGCGUCUUCUUACCGUAACGGCUAUCUUGAUUUUAAAAUGUACCGAGGGGGCGGGCGGCGGGGAUUAUGGCUGGGGGGAAGGGCGAGAAAAAUAGAUUAUUUCGUCUAUUUUUCUCGCUUUCUCCCAAACCGCCCCCGCCCCCUAGGUAGUGUUGACACUCAUGCAAGAUGGGUAGCCCGUAACGCAAAGCUCUCGAUAUCGAUGAUCUUACGGAAAAAUAGACGACUGUGAACAGUCUACUUUCCAACAAGGUCUUCGUUUGCGGAGGCUGUUGUACAGUCCUUCGCGGACACGCCUGCGAAAGUUUUACAGUGGUGUUGCUGUCUGGAACAGCACGUACAAUCGGGUGUACAUUUCCACAUGGCAAUGAAGCUGGACAAGAACCAGCGGUGGCUUCCCAGCAAACGAUACCUGUUAGAGAGGUGUGGUAUUUCUGUACAUUUCUCCGACACGCACGAAAACUAUUUCAGCGCAUGGAAAUAUGUUACGAAAGAAGACCGAGAUUAUAUUCAGAGUGACGGACAUCCUGACCUUACAAGUGCAACUGCUCCAAGAACCACCAAGGCCUCUUCAACCAAAAGGACCACAGCCAUGGAAAAGAGAGAGAAAGGUGCGUUGUCAACGGACAACUGUGAGGCGCUUAGUGAUGCCCAAACAAGCACAAGGAAAAAAACGACGGGGAAAAAAAGAGCGAACAAGAAGAUAGUAAAAAGUAAGAAGAAACGUAUGACCUCAUAUGAGUUAUCGGAAAUCAUUCUAGCUAAAAACGUUAAGUCAAGAACUGAACUACUAGCCCUUGCAAGAGAGCAAAAAGUAGAGGGGAAAACCGACAUCGCAGAGUUUAUUGUAAAUAGAGGUGCGAAAGUUGUAGCAGACGUGCUGGCUACUACCUGGGAGCUGGAAAAUUCUAAAGAUAACCUAGAAAGGCAGAGGAAAAGCAGAAUCCAGCUAUCAAAGGAAGCAAGAGAGGGAGAAUGCGUACAAAAUUGUUCUGGACAAUGGUUAAUUUCAGCGAAAGAAGUACUCCAGGGUAACGGAGUGGACAUAAACUAUUUUGGACAUUGUGUGCAUGAAUUAUUAGAGAAAGGACGAGGAAAAUACAGGAAUCUUAUGAUCGUAGGCCCAGCCAACUGCGCAAAAACAUUUCUGCUCAACCCUCUUAAUGUCAUUUUUAACACCUUUUCAAACCCAGCGUCCACAAGUUUUGCAUGGGUUGGCGCGGAACAGGCUGAAUGUAUUUUUUUGAAUGAUUUCAGAUGGUCCCCGGCUGUUAUCCAGUGGCAUGAUUUCCUAUUAAUGUUGGAGGGACAGUUCAUUUACCAGCCCCUAAAUCCCAUUAUGCAAAAGAUAUUGUCUUUGAGAAAGACACGCCAAUUUUCGCCACCGGAAAAAACCCCAUUAUUUUCGUGA